CCACCGCCCCGGAAGGCGCUGGGCUCGAACCGGGGCCGCGGCGGCUCCGCCAGGCGCUCGCUCCCCGGUGGAUCAGGAGGCGCUGCCCCGGUGACCGGAGGUCGGGAUGGGCCGGCGCUCCUCGGACACGGAGGAGGAGGGCAGGAGCCGCAGGAAGAAGAAGCACCGGCGGCGCUCCUCCUCCAGCAGCUCCUCGGACAGCCGCGCCUACAGCCGCAAAAAGUCGGGCCGCAAAUCCAGGUCCAGGUCGCGCUCCCGGGAUCUCCCGUCCUGGUCCCACUCCUAUGAGAAAAGGCGCAGGCACAGAUCCAGCAGCAGCUCCUCCUACGGCUCCAGGAGGAAGCGCAGCCGCUCCCGGGGCAGAGGCAAAUCCUACAGAUCCCAAAGGUCCCGGUCAAAGAGCAGGACCAGGAGGUCGCGGUCGCGGGCACGGCAGCGCUCCUACAGCCGCAGCAGCGAGAGGUCCGGCCACAGGAGAACGCCCAGCGGGUCCCGGGAGCGCCGCAAGGGCAGGGACAAGGACAAGGACAAAGCCAAGGACAAGGGCAAAGGGAAGGAGAAGGAGAUCCACGGCACCAAGGCUGGGGACUCUGCAAACAUCAAAGCUGGAUUAGAACAUCUGACUCCUGCUGAACAGGCCAAGGCCAGGCUGCAGCUGGUUCUGGAGGCAGCUGCCAAAGCGGACGAAGCGUUGAAGGCCAAGGAGAGAAGUGAAGAAGAAGCCAAGAGGAGAAAGGAAGAAGAGCAAGCCACACUCCUGGACCAGGUGAAGCGAGUGAAGGAGAUCGAAGCCAUCGAGAGCGACGCCUUCGUCCCUCAGACCUUCAGGUCCAGCAAAGAGGUCAAAAAGUCAGCAGAACCUGCUGAGCCCCACCAGGAGCCUGUGAAUGUGGGAGCAGGAGCCCCCGAGGCAGCUGCUGCUGAGAAGGAGCCUCCAGCUGCCAACAUCCCCACUGCCAUCAAGUACCAGGAUGACAAUUCCUUGGCACACCCAAAUCUGUUCAUGGAGAAGGCAGAGGCUGAGGAGAAGUGGUUCCAGAGGCUGGUGGCUCUGCGCCAGGAGAGGCUGAUGGGGAGCCCCGUGGCCUGACAGCCCCCAGGACACCCCAGGCCCUUCCCCACCUUGGCAACUCCACACUCUGCUCCUCUUCUUGUCUCCUAGAGGAGAUUGCAGUGAGCUGGGCAGACAGGGAGGGCUUCACCUGGAAAACCAGGAGUGUCCUGCCCUGCUCCACCUGGGGAAUCAAGAAUGUCCUGCCCUGCUCCACCUGGGU